UGAUGAAUCAAAUAGAUAUUGAGGGGUUAACUAUUGAAUUCAAUAUAAAAAAGUAACAACGCUGUUAGAUUUUACUGGCAAAAUGGUAUGAAUAUGGAAAUUCAAAGAGGAUACAGACAGAUCAAGGGUACCGACAAGUAAUCGACAGUCCCUUGGAGCAAUUCACGUAUGCCUUACCGCCAUUCACGGCGCUACGCAGGCAAGAUCAAGGCCAUCAUCUUUGACUGGGCCGGCACUGUCGUGGACUGUGGCGUCUUUGCUCCUGCCCUGACGUUUGUAGAGAUCUUCAAGAGGGAAGGGGUAUCAAUUACGGACGAGGAGGCCAGGGGUCCCAUGGGCACCCACAAACGGGUCCACAUCCAGAAGGUUCUAGAGUUGUCCUCAGUCCGCCGUCGGUGGGUGGAGUCACAUGGCAAACCGCCCACAGAUGAGGACAUCGAAAGGAUGUACCAGAACUUUGUCCCUCUGCAGUGUGAAGUUCUGAAGGAGCACUCCCAGAUGAUAGAAGGAGUUGUGGAGACAGUCAGUCAUCUUCGGGUUGACCGUGGUCUGAAGAUAGGCUCCUGUACGGGUUUUACCUCACCCAUCAUGGCCAAUCUGAAAGAAAUUGCAGCAAGCAACGGAUUUACCCCAGAUUUCAUCGCGACAGCUGACCUGGUCCCCCAAGCACGGCCUUGCCCCCACAUGGUGUGGCUGAAUGCCAUCAACAUGAACGUGCAUCCCAUCGAGGCUAUCAUAAAGGUGGAUGACACAGUGGAUGGGAUACGAGAAGGGCUGGCCGCAGGAUGCUGGACAGUGGGUGUAGCCAAAACGGGGAACUACAUGGCUGCCAGCGAGAAGCAACUGGCCGAGAUGGACGGAGCAGAGUACGAGCGCCGCCUGCAGCGCGCCUACGACAUCCUUGCGGAGUGCGGCUCGCAUUACGUCGUGGACAGCGUGAAGGACCUGCCGCCGGUCAUUGACGAUAUAAAUCGCAGGAUGACAUCAGGCGACAGGCCAUAGUUGACAGUAAUGCAGAGAAGACCUAGUUCCAAAGGAACCUGUUUCUGGUUUUUUUUUUGUCUUGUCUGCGGCAAAGCGUCAAAUUGAAAAAUUUAUUUCAUCCAUGCCAGUCCAGUACUAGAAAUGUGUUUGAUCAAAACCUGAUUUCUUUUCCGUAACCAGUUACAUAUAUAUUGGAUUAAAAUUCAGCAUAGAAAUACUGUGCACUGAAAAAAUUUUUGCAAGAAUUUUGCCUCCUUGUGAACAUAAUGCUGCUAUUUGUCUUUUGUACAAGUAAGAGUAUAUUUAAUGAGGUUUUCUUAAAUUAGUUUUAUAAAUUGAUAAUACAGUGGAACGCCGCUGUAACCAACACAACGGUGUCCACGCUAAAUGUUUGGUACAGCGGUGG